AUGUCCGAUUUUAGAAACUUAUUUAUAGUAUUUUUAUUUUACAUCUCUAAUUUAUUAGUUAAAAAUGUGUUAUGUGCUGUUGGAUUAUUGGCGAAUGGUUCUAUUUCUUUGGAUUUGGAUUUGGGAUCUUUAGAUCUAGAAAAGAUCAACAUAAUCAAGUCAUUAGAUAAGCCUGAUAGAUAUAAAAUUAAUGCAAAAGAAGGAGUCCUAAUUAAUUCAAUACGUUUAUUAAAUAAUGUUCUAUGGACACAAGUUGGUGUUAGUACUUGUCAGGAUCUAAUUAUUUACGAUUUCGCAGGCACAGAGCUUGUGGUUUCAAUUGUAAUAAACAAUGGAGGUAUAAAAAACGUUUACUACACCAAGAAAUUUCAAGAUGGGUAUAGUUUUAUAAGGUUGCCAAGUUUUUUAACUCUCAUCCAUGAUGAGUUUAAGCCAAAGGGUUAUUUAAUUCCCGAAGUUUUAGAUCUUUCAGAUGAAUUCCACAAAGUGUUUUUUGAUUACACAAUUAUGAUGAUGGCUGAUUUGAUAUAUGAAAAAUAUAAACCUAGCAAUAAUUCGGGUUUUGGUCAUUUAAUGGAUGGCUUGAAAACUAUUUGGAUCAAUGAUGAUAAUGAUUCAAAAGGUAAAGUGGCCUCGUGCAUCGAGAUUUUUGAUAAGCAAGAAAGAAUUAAGAUGUUGAAAAUUACUCUACAAGAUUUAAAUGAGUUACAUUUCAUAUGGAAAGAUGGCAUGUGGACCCCUCUUUUGGGUCUUGGCUUCAAAACAAACUACAAAAGAUUAGGCUUUAAAAGGCUUUUUGAAGCUAGAUCGGAAAGUGAAGGAAAAGAAAAGGAUUUAGAUCCGCUACCAAAAAUUUUAGAUCUUAAUAAAAAGAAUGAUUCUUUCUCUUAUUCUUCUUAUACAUUUUUGAAUAUGAAUUUUUUAGUUAUCAGGCCAUUGUUCGAAUUUUUGACUAAAAAAAUAGUUCAUGACGAUAAAGAAAUUUAUGGUAAUAAUUUAUGCAAAUUUAUUCUGACAAUAAUUAGAACAUCUGAACCUGUGAGAUUUUUUGUUUCAAUUAGCGUCAAUGAGACAUCAUUUACUGGGGAUGAUAUCUAUUUCGAGAGGAGUGAAUCCGAUGGAGAAUGGAAACGAGUUAAUCAAUUUACGGCUCUAGCUUGUAUUCAAAAGUGUAUAGUCGAGUCUACUGAUGUCCAUUACCUUAAAUCAGCUGAUUUGUAUGGAAUUUAUUCAGGUGCCAAAGUUAAUGAUUUACCCUCCAAAGUUAAAUCCAAACUCACUGGUCAAGAUUAUACUCCAACUCCCACAACUACCCCAAUUCCCCAAACUCCAACGGCUCCAACAACGACUGGAUCUUUACCGACAUUUCCGCCUAGUUCAACUGUUUCUACGCCACCUCCCACUUCCUCCACUGCGCUACCUUCAUCUCUUGUUUCAUCUCAAACCAGUCAAACCAGUCCUCGUACAUCUAGUCCCAUGCCAGCAACACCUUCAUUACCUCUUCCAGAUAAAGUGUCGACUACAAAGGCAACUUCAUCGUCACACAUUCCCAAAAAAUCUAGUACCUUCAUUACCAAACCACCUUCACCUGCUCACUUGUCCGGGAGUUCUUCCUCCAGGAGAGAUUCUCGGACUAAGGACGAAACUAUGGGUACUGCAACACCUAGUGAACCAAGGCAUAGAAAACGCUCUAAAUCAAAACGUGUCAAACCCCCUCACGAUCAUAGGUCUCCCAGACCUAGAUUUAGUGAUCAUUCGCCUACAUACACUGAAUACACACCUACUUCAUCAAAGGAACUUACUCAUAGCGAAACUCAUGAACCUAGCAGUGAAACUGGAUCACACCGUUCUCUUUCAAAAGAGAGCAUUCACACUCCAGAAACCAAGGAACCAGUUAUUACUCCUGAGCAUUUAGAACAAAUGAAACAGGACAUUAUUUCACGGGUUGUCGAAAUUAUCAGGUCUGAAUUUUUCACCAAUACCAUUGCUAUUACUUCAUUAACAUUAUUACCUACUUUGUUAAUUUAG